AUGAAGCCAGUCCUGCCAGGUGACAGUAAUCUCAGUCGGCUAUUUUAUCCCGUAACGAAAUCUAAACUGUUUGACAACAUCCCACAUGAAACCACCCAAACUGGAAUUACAUAUUUCGGUGGCUUUAUCCAGGUGACGUACCAUCCAGAUGAAAGAGAUUUGAUCAAGACGUUCCUCUCGAUUUGGCAUUUCGAAGAUGAGACCAGAGACGCGGCGGCAUUUACUUAUCAACCGACUUCAACGACCGCGUCCCAAAGUAGCAUGAGGUCCUAUGCUCAACUCCUUGGGAUAACACCUGACAACAUGGUGGGAAAAUCCUACGUUCUGGCACGAUAUUGGAAGAAUAUGAGCAAGACAACUAUGACCAACGCAGAUUUUUCAAAUCUUACGUCAUCGGCCGUUUCUUCUGAUGCUACUAGCGACAAGAUAACGGAACUGUUCUCAGAAUAUGGUACCCAUUACGUUUCCGGUUAUGAGAUUGGCGACCUAAUUUACCAAGUAUUUGUGUAUGACAAAGAAAUCGGCAGCAAAGACAUUCUUAAAUUCCCCUUUCAAGAUCCUGCAUACAGUUUCGGUCCCAAAAGUUACGCGUUUCGCCAGUUAACCCAGCCAAGAAAGGGCGACAAGGGAUUCAGUCGUGAGGCCGGAAGGAUUUUGUCAGCCAGCGGUGAUGCUGCUUUGAAGAACAUCAUACCAAAGUUGAAGGAUGAUAUCUACAGGGUUGCUGCAAGUAUCUUUAUGUUCCCAGGAAGCCCAUCUGCAGACAAAAUGACAGACACUCUUACCAAAGCAAUUCCUAUACGCGUUUUCUUCAAACCCAUCGUCAAUAAACUCUUGACGACCGAAUCACCAUCGAAGUCAACAUGGAAUGAUGUUUUGUCCGCUACAGUUUUUCAGAAAUUUGGGAAAGCUAGCUUUCCGAACUUCCCUACUACCCAGAGCCUUAAUGUUGAGGGUUUCUAUGGCAGUUUCAAUCCAGAUCUUGUAACAUCUACCGCAACUAACUACGUUACUAUAACCCAGGUGAACUUCAAGUUGGACGAUUUCGUAGUUUCAGAUCCCAAGUUCGUCACACAUUUAUUUAUUUAUGCAGAUGUCUUGGAAAUCAGGGAAACUGCUCAGUUGAGGCUGCCCGGGUCCAGAAAGAUAUUUCUCGUAUGCCGAGAAUUCGUAGCGUCGUCCUCUGGUAACAAGGUUCCAGAAAUAAUUGUUGGCUCCCACGCAAAUUCUGAGCCCGUCAUCAAAAUAAUUGCCAAGCGAUUUCGUGGUAUUUUGAAGCUGACCCAAUCCAAGAAUGGCAAACACUACACAUAUGCAAACGAAUACGUCUGCAAAACUGUAAAAGAUUCGAACUUAAGCGGCCAAUUUACAGUUAAGGAGGAAAAUACAAAGAAACUUCUUUAUCCUGACAAACAAACUGCAGCGGAACUUUACGACACUACCGGAGCAACAAACGAAGCGAGGUGGCUACACCAAAGCUUGGUUAACAGCCUGGAGUUGACUGUGACCAGUGUGCCAAUCAGUUAA